AUGCCCAAUAGACCCCAUAAAUAUCAAUUCAUCAACUCGUCUGUACCCAAAAGCACCUCGUCUUCCCUCAAAUCCUCAACACAACAUGGACUGCUCUGCUCUAUUCCUGCUGAAACCCUCGCUCAUAUCACUGCUUACCUUGACCCACCUUCCUUGUUUGCCCUUUCGCAAGUCAACAGAGCCUUAUAUGGGCACAUAGGAGAAGAUCACACUUGGCACAGAGCUUUUCUCCUCAAUUUUUUAGGCAUGCUGCCCGAGAGUGAUAUCCACAGCAAAAAAGCUCUUGUCCUCCGAAGGAUCGAGUCUUCAUGGAGAAAAGAAUACGUCUCUCGCUUCAAUCUUAUUAGACGCUGGGAACGUUCUCGAAAUACGACCAUCGCCCACGUUCCAGUGUACUCUUCAAUAUCGAGGAUGCAUCUCAUGCCAUUAUACUCUCUUAUCAGCUCAUCUGUUCAGUAUGGGAUCGUUUCUCGUUCGAUUCCUUUGACCGGGAAAGUUAUCAAAGGAUUCCUCUCUCCGUCUCUUUCCGGAAACGGCCUCGGUAUUGGGAAUCCCAACACUGAAUUCGCCCCAAACGUCACAGCGUGUGCGCUAAGUUCGGACGGUGGUACCGCCAAAAUCGUUUGGGGAUUCAGGAAUGGCGCGAUUGCAGUGAUGACAGCUGCGAAGACGAUGGAAACGGGAACUAGAUCCGCUGGUCGUCUAACUCGAUGCAAAGUUGAGGAAGAGCAUGAGGCGGAAGUGAAUCAGGUUGAGUGGGAUGAAACUGGUUGCUACAUCGUGUCAGCAGCUAGAGAUGGACGAAUCAAGGUCUGGGACGCGAAGGAGAUCCGAUGCUUAUGGACAUCGCAAUACUUUUUACCGAAUAUCUGUGUCUCUGUUGUUCUUCUUGCUAACCCUGAAGGCUACAUGGUCGUUUCAACCAUGGACAGCGGCGAAAUAUGGGUUUGGUUACGAAUAACCCUGACAGCGGAGAAUGUUCUUCCUUCUCCCGUUACGUCCGGGUCACCCAACAUCAGAAUCCCUUACCCUAUCCAGGAUAAUGAUACAACUCGUGCUCCUUCGUCGCUUUACGUCGACAACAUUGGCUCUCCCUCUGGUGUCUAUGUAUUCGUGACGUAUCAGUCUAGGCAGGAUUUCUGGGGCAUAUACCUCGAAUACACGAGCUCUUCAUACAAAGUUUCAAAAUAUUUCUCUGACGAAGCUUCCGGCGCAGUCACUGCGCUUUUCCCUUGCUUUUGUGGUGAAAAUUCCCCGGACGAACGCGGUUUCGUCAUUGCAGGCCAUCAAAUGGGCUGGAUAACCGUCUACCCUCAAAUUGAAGUGUCCGUGUCACGCAACGUUAAUAUUGUUCCAUUGAUUACCCCCACACAGAAAUUUGAAGCACACCCCGACGGUUCUGCAGUAACUGCAUUAGCUUGGAACGGUCGUAUCCUUGUAACAGGUUCGGACUUUGGAGACACGUCCAUAUUCGACGCUUGCUCUUUUAGACGCCUCCGUGUGCUCAAUUCUCCUCUGUCUCCCACAAGAAUUCGAAAUAUUGGGCUUGGUUCUCAGGGUGAAGCUUUCUCCGGAGGUGUCAACCAGAUCCUACUUGGCGAAGAGAGUGAUUUUCUGGUCGCUAGCGUUGGUGACCACGCUUUGGCGUUCAAGGCCGAUGCCUUGCCCAAGUAUGGGAAGAGGCAAUCUGGUAAGGCUGCUGGCAAGAAGCCAAUUAGAACGGUCAAAGGAUACGAGAGGAUCCUCUUCGAUCAGUUAAUAACCGAAUCGUUACAAGAACACGGACAGAAGAGCCAACAUCUUCGCAAGGUCUAUGCGAGAGAACGCGAACAUCAAGCGAACCUCGAUCGUCUGGGGUUGGAUGAAGUUGAAGCCUUGGAGUAUGCGCUCAUGCUUAGUCGAGAUGAAGCUGUGGAACGAGCUCGAGUGGACAAGGGUCCUAGCCAGCAUCAUAUACGUGAUAGUCCUUAUCACGUCAUGAAUGAUGGUGUGUUCGAAGGGGAGUUUGACGACUUCACAACAGAAUUGCCCACCUCCAGUCAAAUCUCAACCUCGGCUACGCAAUCUGUGCCCGUACUCUCUGGAAAGUUAUUGUCGACCUCUGUGCGCUCGACUGGAACGAUGCAGACUCCUAAAUCAAAGUCAAUGCCCAUCGAGAAAUCUCCGCACCCGACAUCACCAUCGUCUUCCAAUCGAAAAAUUCAAGUUCACCCUCCUGCACGCAGAAAGCCUCGAAAAGCAGACUUUAGAGAUGAAACAAUUCCGUCUUCUGUUGCAUCAUCGAUUUCCAGUUCGGCUAACAGCACUGAUAGUGUCAGUGAAUCUGCCAUUGACGGGGGUGCGUUCCCAAGUAUCAGUCCCGCCCGCUCAACAAAUAGCGCUCUAUCACCACCCAGGAUGUCUCUUUUGUCCUCUACGUCGGCCGGGGGGUCAAUGGCACAUGGUGCAUGGGCGAAACCUCUUGUGUCUAAUAGCAGUGCAAGCCCUUGGAGCGGUAGUUUACCCGCCGCCUCUUCGCCCAUGGUUCAAACUGCAGCACCUUCCUCUGUUCCCUCUGUUCAUGGCCAAGGAGUAGAUGAAGACAUAGAUGAUGAUAUAAAGUUGGCAAUUCGGUUGAGUCUAGAGAGUGCAGAAGAUGAAGCACGGCGUCGAGGGGCGUAG